UGGUUGCAAAACAAUAGUGACAAUUAGAGUAUCAACCUCAAUUAACCAUGAAUUUGUUUAAUCGCCUGUCAAUGAACCUUGUCUUUAUUCAAAAUUGUUCCAUUAAUUAGAAAAUCAUUCUACUUGAUUUGGUGUCAAGUGUCAAUCUUUUUGGUUCUCUUCCUUUUUCUCUUUAAAAUCACAAUUCCCGAUGGUGAUGACGAAGAUCUUCAGAAGUAGUAACAGUGAAGAAGAAGCUCUGAUCAAUCGUAAACUACACAAAGAGCUACUACUUCGAAUUUUCUCUUACCUCGAUGUAAUUUCGCUUUGCCGUUGUGCCCAAGUAUCUAAGUAUUGGAAUAUUUUGGCUCUCGAUGGAAGUAACUGGCAGCAGGUUGACCUUUUCAAUUUCCAAACUGACAUUGAAGGUCCAGUGGUCGAAAAUAUAUCCUCAAGAUGUGGAGGUUUCCUCAAGCAACUCAGCUUACGUGGUUGCAAAGCCGUCACCGAUUCAGCUCUUCGUACCUUCGCUCAUAAUUGUAACAAUAUUGAAGAUCUCAAUCUCAAUGAUUGUAAAUAUCUCACUGAUAGCACUUGUGCCAGCCUUAGUAAACACUGUUCAAAGUUGACCAGUUUGAACCUUGGUUCCUGUAUAGAGAUUACUGACCGAUCCUUAGAGGCUCUGGGCGAGGGCUGCCCUCACCUCGAGAAACUUGAUAUCUCUUAUUGUGAAAAGGUUUCACCCUAUGGGGUUACUUGUAUUGCCGAAGGAUGUCCAAAACUUCGUGCCUUUAUCGCUAUUUUAUGUUACAAUAUCAACGAUGAAGCUGUCACUCGACUUGCCAACCAUUGUCAUAAUCUACAAGUAAUUAACUUGAAAGCUUGUUGUUUAAUUACUGAUGAAGCGAUUAUCAGUUUAGCGGAAAAUUGUCGAGGUUUGAUUUACGUUUGUUUAUCCAAUUGUAAUCAUCUCACGGACAAUUCACUGGUUGCCUUGGGUCAAAGAUGUCCCAAAAUACGAACUCUUGAAGUUGCCCGAUGUUCCCAUUUUACUGAUAUUGGUUAUCAGGCAUUGGCGAGAAAUUGUCGUUCCUUGGAAAAUGUUGACCUUGAGGAAAAUACUCUCAUUACCGAUAAUACCUUGGCCUAUUUAUCGAUGGGAUGUCCGAAGCUUCAAAAAUUGAGUCUUUCUCAUUGUGAACUGAUCACAGAUGAUGGAAUCCGCCAUUUGAGCUCCAGUGCCUGUGCUUCUAAUCACUUGACAGCUCUCGAUUUGGAUAACUGUCCUCUAAUCACUGACACUUCUCUAGAUCAUCUAAACACUUGUAAUAAAUUGCAAAGAAUUGAACUCUACGACUGUCAGUUAAUUACUCGAGCUGGAAUCCGUCGACUUAAGAGCCAUUUGCCUGAUCUCAAAGUCCAUGCCUACUUUGCCCCAACCACUCCACCACCUUCACAAGGAGUUGGAAGACAAAGAUACUGUCGCUGUUGUGCAAUCUUGUGACUAAAACUGAAACAGUGUUUCUGUUGCUAAAAAAGAAACAAAAUCAUUGAAAUCAUCAACAAAAACUAUCAAAAUAUCAAUGUAACUUUUUGUACUGCGUCUAACCCUUGAUCCAAUUGUUAAAUUGAUCACAAACUUUCAUCAAGUCUUAACCAUUAUUUCUUGGAGUUCAAGAUUUAAAUGAUUUAAAUUAUCAUAAAUAUUAUUUACAAUAAAUGAACAACAUUUGGAGAUGA